UAAAUGCUCCCGUUCAUCAGGUUCAAGACCAAACCUACCAAAAAUGCUCAAACCAAACCUACCAAAAUGCUCAAGUAAAUACUCCUAUUCAUCAGGUUCAAGACCAAACCUACCAAGAUACUCAA